AUGGUUCAAGCCCUUAUAUGUCUUUUCAGCAAACGAGACGACAUUUCGUUCCGAGAAUUCAGAGAUGCCAUGGAGAAUCGAUUUGUGCCGCUAUUAGAAAAGCUCACUGGUCCUCUGUUCCCUCUCACAUACACACGGCGGUACAUCGCACAAGACGGCAAUGAUAGAGAAAGACAUAGGUCUGGCCCACUUGGACUUCCUUCGUUAGUAGUUGGAGAAGCGGACUCAAUAACCUGGGAUGCCCUAGUGGAAUCGACUUUCGAGGACGACCUGCACCUACAGCAGUUCAUGGCAUUCAUAAAUGAAUCCGAGGCGGCAGAGGAACUGAUGGAGUGCGAAACCAGCUUCUCGGACAGCAGUAAGCUUCGCAUCAUCGUGAUGGAGAACAACGUAUCUGUCAACAAAACACGGGGACUCAAAACUUGGGCAUAA